AUGGGGGAAGCGGCAGAAGAAAGGGCAAAUGUAACGCUUUUCGUUUGUGUCUGUAUUUCAGCGAACUGACCCCAAACAUCCAUUCGUAAUCCAACAAUGGCCGAGGAAGGCAUUUCUGCUGGAGGUGGAAUGGAUAUCAACACCGCUCUUCAGGAAGUGCUCAAGACCGCACUUAUCCAUGAUGGUCUAGCUCGUGGAAUCCGUGAAGCUGCCAAGGCUCUUGACAAGCGCCAAGCCCAUCUCUGUGUCCUGGCUUCCAACUGCAAUGAACCAAUGUAUGUGAAGUUGGUAGAGGCACUUUGUGCUGAACACCAGAUCAAUCUUAUUAAGGUUGAUGACAGUAAAAAACUUGGAGAAUGGGUUGGUCUCUGCAAGAUUGACAGGGAAGGAAAACCUCGCAAGGUUGUUGGUUGCAGUUGUGUAGUUGUAAAGGACUAUGGCAAAGAGUCUCAAGCAAAAGAUGUCAUUGAAGAGUAUUUCAAGUUGAAGAAAUAAACAUCUAAAUAAAAG